AUGCAUUUCACGAUUCUCACUACCGUAACCGCCCUCACGGCACUCGCCAAUGCAAUCCCAUUCGAACAACACUAUGAAGUCUCGAAAUUUGCCCAUCCAGGUGCGCUUCACAGCUCGAAGGACAUUGAGCGCAUCAAAGCGCGCGUUGCGGCCAAAGAUGAGCCAUGGUCCACAGCUUUCAAGCAUCUGUCAACUCGUCCACUUGUGCAGACUACCUGGAAGCCAAGCCCCAAGGAAGUCCUCGCACGAUUUCCGCCUGGCACUGUCCCUGCUGAGAAGAAUCUGACCAACAAUUCUCCUUCGGCAUACCGCGAUGCCCACUCGGCAUACGGACUCGCUCUGCGCUGGUUAGUCACCGGCAACACUAGUUUCGCUGAUGCUGCAACCAAAACUCUGGACGGCUGGGGCAGCACGUUGAAGGUUAUCGACGGCAACGAAGACCUGUUCCUCGCCGCCGGUUUGUACGGAUAUCAAUUCGCCAACGCCGCCGAACUGCUCCGCGACUACCAAGGCUGGCCGAAGAAGAAUCAGACAGUCUUUGGCAAUAUGCUAAACACAGUGUUCGCUCCCAAGAACCACUACUUUCUCACCACGCACAGUGGCAAGCCCGACUUUUACUACGCGAACUGGGAUCUCUGCAACAUUGCCUCCAUGAUGGCAAUCGGUAUCUUCACCGAUAACUCGACCAUGUAUAACUGGGCUGUAAAGACCUUUCUGAACGGCCUACCAGAUAGCAGUACCGUGAUCAAUGGUGCUCUUCCGUACUUUUCGAUUGCGAACUUUACGGAGGAAGGAAGCGGCAAGACUUUGAUGCAAGGACAAGAGGCAGGCAGAGACCAAGGUCACGCAACGCUGUGUUUCGCACUUCUGGGCGUGAUCGGUCAGCAGGGUUACAACCAGGGUAUCGAUCUGUAUGGAGCUUACGGAAACCAGAUCCUGAACGGUGCGGAGUACGCAGGCAAGUUCAACGCCGGGAACAAUUCCGUCCCAUACAAGCCCUAUCAUAGCUGGGAGGGUAUCCUUCCUGUCGUCUCGGAGAAGAAACGCUUCGACAUCCGACCGGGAUUUGAGGCCAUCUAUGCGCACUACAGCGAUGUUCGCGGUAUAAAUGCAUCAUGGACCAAGGCGUACCGCAAUCUCGUCAAUAGGAACCUGACUGCGAACAUUGAAGGCGGUGGUGGCGAUUAUGGUCCGAAUUCGGGAGGCUUCGAUGCAUUCGGCCAUGGAACUUUGUUGUACAGAAUUAGUGGCCAGUAG